ACAACAUAGCAGGGCAUGCUAGAGGAGACUGCAGCAGCAAACUGACACACACCACACAACAUAGCAGGGCAUGCUAGAGGAGACUGCAGCAGCACUGCAGGGUUGAUUAUGGCAGUGUUCUAAAAGAACUAAACAGAUUUGGGAGGUGACUAGGUCAUGGAGUGUAGGGGAACUGGAAGAUGGGAAAGAGAGGAGGAGGAGGAGGUGGAGGGCUGAAGGGCUGGCAGAUGGCGGUUCUGAGGAAAGGUCCAGGGUGAGGGCUAGAGGACAGAGGGAAAUGCUGAGGUCAUGGCUGCUCCUCUCCCUGUGGCUGGUGUAGAGUCAACUCGUGAAAUAAGUCUUGGCGCUAAUUAAUUAGUGAAUCGCAUCUUAAUUCUGUGUCACUGAACAGUUUUCAUAUGGCUAAUGAGUCAUGUUAUCAUGAUCUCUCCCUAUUUCCCUCUAGUGUGUGCAGUGAGGCAGUAGCCUACUUCCUGACUCUAACAUCAGAGAGCCACAGAGAAGCCUGGACCAACCUGCUCCUCCUCUUCCUCACCAAGGUCCUGAAGAUCAGUGACGACAGGUUCAAGGCCCAUGCGUCCAGGUACUACCUUCUGCUGUGUGAGAUCAUGCAGAUUGAUCUUAUCCCAGAACUGCGGUCCGUGCUGCGCAAGUUCUACCUACGCAUCGGGAUCGUGUUCCAGAUCGCCCAGCUGCCUGACACCUCCCAGCCGGAACAAGAACCAAUGCCAGAACCAGGGCUGGAAGUUGAGGUGGAGAGAGGGGAGGUGGCUGGAGAGGAAGCCCAGUGAUGUUGCACUUGUAGCGGGCUAGCACCGAGACCUCUGGAUAGGGAACUCUGGAAGUCCUUGCCUUGGGUUUGUCUACAAACCCUUUAGGACUAUGGUCUCCCAUCCCCCAGGGUACUACAAGGGGUGCAUCUGACCAGACUUCACCCCCUCUGGAUUUGGCAGUUACCCAGAAUCCCCCACUAACGCUACAGGAAACUGCCAGGGAUCUCUACUGUGAACCUGACUGGUCAUGUGACAGGAAAUGCCCCCUCUCAUUUCAGAGUAGGUUGAAGUUGCCCCUAGAAACUGAUCGAAGGCCAGUUUUUGCAUCCCCUUAUGGUUAAGGUUAGGAUAUUGUGAGGUCAAGCUGAUCUUAGAUCCUAUGGACAACUUCUACCCGAAGCCCCUCAUAUCACUGGAAGAAUGGCUUGGCAUUGUGUGAAGAUCUGAUUCUCCAAUUCUACUGACGACUGCAGAAUAACUAUGAUUAUACAAUUGGCCUACCCACCUUUCUGACUCAGAGUCAAAUAUAUUUCAAAAGGUACUGCUUCUUGACAUGACUGUAUCCUCACAAGCUACUCUUGAGAAUGAAAUGGCUACACGUACAUCAUGCAAUGCAAAUGACAAAUAUUCAGUAAUGUGAAACGUGACAUUUCUUACUCAAUAAUAAUUCAGAUAUUUUCCUGGCUGCACCACUGAUGGCUAACGUUAACACCAAUAGCCCUGUGGAUUAAAAAUUAACUACAGAAACGGCGCUUUGUAAUGUAAUCUCAUAACACUGGAUUUUAUUUCGUUAAAUUUUUUUCUGUAUUCUGCUGCACUUGAUCUUUUUAUUGAAGAUUUUUGCGAUUAUUUAUUUUGACUGAACCAUCUGUCCUGCAGUUUGUAAUUGAAUGACGACAUGGCAGAAAGUUAUUCCAUUUGAUAUGUUCUGAGACUUUUUAACUGAUAGUCGAUAACUGGGACUCCUCCUAAAACUGGAAAAAAGGAGAGCAACUAGGGGCCCGUUCAGGAGGUUCCAACGUUCAAGAUAGAAAUGUAUUGUGUAGAUAUGAUUGUCAUAUACUACAAGGAAUUAUCAGCUCUAUAUACAACAUUUCUAUCUGCAAUGCUUCUGAAUAGGCCGCUGGUGUGAGGUGCUUCUGGAUCACUGGUCUGUUUCCAUGUUUCAAGUUAGUUUCCACUCUGUGUACAAAUUUGAAUAAAUUCAUAAUAUUUAAUUUCCUUUUUCUUUUGUUUGGGGACAUGCUGUAUGUAUAGAGUAAAUGAAGAAUAAUGUUAACUGUGCUUUAAAAGAAGACUUGUGAAUGGGACGCAUUCCUUGCUCACAGAUGUAGGAAACAAAAUGUAUAUGGUACAGCAAUGUAAAGUUUUCUAUGUUGAAAAAAAUACUUCUGUACAACUUUCUGUACAAAACUGGUCAUCAUCCGACAUUUUAAUCAGGUUAUAGGUCAAUAAAGUUUUUGAACUUGA